GUAUCCACGUCGAAUUUAUUCGGCUUAUGCGACCCGGCCACCACAGUUGUUGCAACGGAAGUGUGCUGUCCACAAAAGACAUGCCACUACGGCGGAGCACGUCAAUGUCCGCAACACUGUCGCACUAACCGAUGCGCAGACACUGUUGAUGAAACUGCUCCAUCGUCCACGUUUCGCUGCCCCCAAGUUUCGAUGCAACACAGAGUUGUAUAGCACCAGCUUCGUUCCGACGAUAAGAUGGUGGUUGUUCCACACACGGUUCUCCAGGUUGUCAAACGCACCAGCCACCUUCGAUACGCGGAUGCGCAGCUCGCUCAUCAACUGCAAACCGGGUGAUAUUACGCAAAUUGUCGAUGCUGUCUCCAAUACGUCAUCAACAACAUGGAUUUGGGGCAGAUUAACAAAUUCCAUUCUUAGUAAACGUUGGAAAAGAGAAACAAUCUUGCUUAUGUUGAGAGGGAGCGCGAACAUGAGCACUGUCGAAGCGAGAGCCCUAAGCAUGUUGUGCAACUCAUCCGCGCUGUGUGCAAAUAACGCACAGUCGUAGGCAAACUUUAACAUAGGGAUGGUUGCAUCGCAUGCCAUAGUUCUCGUCCCGAAACGACGGGUGUUAACAAUCUAACAACAAUAGGGUGCGCCACACGGACACCGUAAUCAUAAGCAGUAUUAAAAGCACAAGACGUGAUUGUAUGAAUGUAAAUGUUAACCAAGAACAGGGGUUAAGAUUUAGCAUUGCUUCACAUCAGAAACUCCAGCAAAGUCA